GAGGCGCACGUGUUGCGGAAGUAAAGCUGACCUGGUGUGAAAUGGAUUUGUGUAUUAUUGUGUGCGAAAUGUUUUAGUAAAUUGAGACAUAUGUGCUUUUAUCUGUUGUAGAUGUCUGCAAGAGCGUUGUGGCGUCAAGCAGCUACGCUGCGCGUGUUCGCCCAUUCACCAUGCAGGCCAGUGUACAGAGCUCAGCAUCUCUCAUCAGAGAGGAACCAUGGAAAAGUCCAGAAGGAGAAAAAGAGACAUACGGCGCAACAGGCACCAAGUGCAGAAAGUGGCGAGAGGUGCUCGCUGGUGUACAAUCCCUCUGCUUACUACCAAUCCAGAGCAGAGCACUCUGCCAUCCAGAGAGGUUCGGUGAGAGAAAAGGAAACCUCUCAGCCCAUCCCAGGUGCUGGAUUCAGACAGCAGAGUAAUCACUAUACAAUCGGUUCUUCACGCUACUUAUCCAUCUCUAAAAACGCCCAGCAUGGUUUUGUUUUUAAUAGAGAUGUAGCUGACAAAGAGCGUAAAUUUGAUCAUCCUAAAGAUGAUAUCGCUACGUAUAUAAAAAGGGACACGCGUGCCUUCCAGAGAUGUAGGCCUGAGUACAGCAUGAUGACUUAUGACGUGUCCCAGCGUCCACCUACUCUUCAGAUAAAAGAUGGCUUGUCACUACUUCAUAAAGCAGCCUUGAUGAAAAACAUUGAUGCCUCAGAUAUAGCUCAUGUUUUUUGUGAACUUGGCUGCUUGGAACUCGAACAGACUGUGACGGUCAGAGCCAACAUGCGGUUCUCCACGCUGUUGUACAACAGUGUGGAGAACCUGCAGAACUUCACACAUCUGCAGCUGAUUGAGAUUUUGCGUGCCUUUGUGAGAAUAAGAUUGUCCCACCACCACAGCAUACUGGACUUGUACGAAGCUGAAUUCAGCCAUCGGACCAACGACAUGGAGCUGCACCAACUUCUACUUGUGGCUGACCUCUGGCGAUGCCUCGGCCGGUCAGUCCCGCAGUACGUGGACAAAUUGUGUGACUGCAUUAGCAAGCAUUUUAACCAGAUGGGUCCAGCAGAGCUAGUCCAGUUUGUCUAUAUACUAGGAGAAAGCCGACAGUGCCCUGCAUUUGUUCUUAAGGGUCUAGAAGGCAUUAUAAUGCGCCAUCUGGAAGAGCUGAAGGGUGAAGAAGUGGGUGCUGUUUGCUUGGGUCUGUUUAAAACUCAGAACUCGCUCUCGGAGCAAGCAUUGCGCAGGCUUGUGGACCGAGCCUGUGUUGUAGUUAAGGAAAUGAGUGACUUUGGCAUUGUGAAUGUGAUGAAACUAAUAAGAUUCAGCCACUUGGACCACCUUCCCUGGUUGGAGAUGCUGAGUUCUGAAGUGCCCCGCCGUGCUCCGCAGAUGGCUGUCCAGGGCUUGAUGCACAUCGCUUUGACCUGCUCUGCACUGCACUACCGUAAUGACAAUGUUCUCCUGGCUGUAGCAAAACACCUGCCCCAGUUACCAUUUCAGUACAGGAGCAAAGAUGCUGCUAAGCUUCUGUGGGCGUUUGGCAACCUGGGCAUUCUUCCCAGCCAGUGCCCAAACCUUCACCCUCGACUCACAGAAGCCCUGCGAGACCGAGAAUCGGAAUUCCGCACUUACCCUGAACACCUCCUGACGGCCCUGCUUGGCUUGGCAUUUGUGGGUCAGUUCCCUCAUGAUUUGCUGAGUUUGGCUUUAAGCCCCGAAUUCACAAACCAAGUGACAGGAUUGAUGGAUUUGAAGAAGGAUCUCUUCACACUGGAUGGUACAGUAGCGAUUGAGCUGCCUGGCUGGACCGGGGCACGGAUAAACCCCGCAAUCCAGGAGGAGGUGACUAAACAGUUGUGGGACUUUGCCCAGUCAGAAUUGUGUCAGAAACCAGAGGUUCUUGAGGCAGAGGCUGUUCUGCAGGAACUGCUGGGAGGAAAGGUAUUCGUGCACAAGCGAAUGAUCCUACCGCACAUGCGCUCUAUCGACCUCGAAGUGCACUUGGAUCCCAGUGGAAAUCCUCUGCCUGUUGCAUCUGAGACCUACCAAAGCCACUGUCAUCCAGAUAAGGAAUCUUUUUGGCCUCUGAAUUGGAAAGAAAUGCACACAGGAGUGGCCCUAACAGAUGAUCUGUUGGCGCAGUUGACCAGUGGCAAAAAAACUGCCAUGUCGGUGACCAUGUCCAGCCAGCAACCAAUUCUGCGUCCGGUGGAGGCAUCCACCAAAAGGGAAAGUAUUCUGAACGUUGGAGUUGACCUGACUGAUGAUCUCCUGCAUGCUAUAACAAAACAGCGGGAGCAUUCUUCCAUUCGCGGCCAUGCUACCUUAGUAUCGGGUAUUGCUCGACUCGCGAUUCAAGUGACCAGUAGAAACCAUUAUUGUUACAGGACACAGCGGUUAACCGGGCUGUACGCGAUGAAGAGGAGGCAGUUAGCUUUGGCAGGGUAUACAGUUGUAGAGGUGCCACAUUGGGAAUGGUUCCCACUGCUCCGACGCUCCCUCGCUGAGAGACUUGCUUACAUGCACUGCAAAAUUUUUAGUAGUUUUGACUCCCGACAUAAGAAAUGAUAUUUCUAGUUUUGUUGUCGUUGGUUGAUUGAUGAUGAUGAUGAUGAUGAUUUGUGGAUGUGAACUGUAAUUGUAAUAUAUAAAAAGUGAAAAUAAAACUUAAAAAGAA